ACGAGGCAUCUUCUCGAACCCGCAACUUGCGGACAGCUGAGUGCGCCUGUCGCUGUCGCUUGGCGCAGGCCAGCCGGCUGCAUGCUAUAAUCUCAGAUAUAGCUGAAGUGCAAUAUGUAGAAAGCAGUGCAUUUUGGUUCGGCGGGGCAUUGAGGGAAUGGAGGUUGGGCCUUCGUCGCGGACCAGGCGCCCGAGAGGCCGCGUGGACCCGCAGCCAGGCGCCGCACGCUCCAGCACAUCAGCCCCCAAGGAGGAGGUGCUGAACGUGCAGGUGUACAUCAAGAGCGGGGGCACAUAUAUCCCCUCUUCCACACACACUGCCCCCUUGCCCAGCUCAUCACGCCGGCCGACCGCGCACCUGGCGCAUGCCGGCCAUUUCACAUCCCUGGACCAGGGGGCGCCAGCACAGGGCGCCCCCGGGACUUCAGCGCCCGAUGGCCGCGAGGAUGCAGGGUCUGAAGAGCCCAAUGUCCAUGAUCGGGCUCCUCAGGACGGUGCGGCUUCCCAGGCCAGUGUGGCCACGGCAGCGCCGGGUGCCAGCGGAGCGCGCCUUGAUGUGCAGGCCGGCGAUGGCCGGACAGACCAGCCAGCGAGCAGCGGAGCACACGCCGCGGCACACGCCACGGCUCAGGGCGGCGCGGUUGCAGCUUCUGGAUCUGGCACGCGUGCACGAGCAGCUGCACGUGUUCAGUGGGGCCCCGACGUCGCCGCCGCUACGUACGCCGGCUCGCAUGUAGACGGGCCGACAGCUCGUCGGCCAGGCCCGCUGCAACCUCCAGCUCCAGCUCCACCGCCUCGCCCUUCGCCGCUCCCGCCGCCCAGCGCCUCCCUCAUUGCCGGCUCUGCCGCGGUGGAGCAGGUGGGCGGCCGGCGUGCGCCGCUUGACCUGCUGCAGGAGCAGUACCUGCACCAGCUGCAGUUGCAGCAGCAGCGCCAACACGCCGCAGCAGGGCGCGGUGGCGGCGGCGGUGGCGCUGCUACAGCCGCUGCUUCUGGUUACCAUGUGCUGCAGCCGGACCCGGCAGAGGUGACGGAGGCAGCGGUGGCGGACCUGCAUGGAGGUAGUUACUACAACAGCGGGGCGGCGCGGGCGCGGCUGGAGGUGUUCCAGCGGCAGGGCCGGCUCACGGCUGAGCUGACCGCGCUGGGUCUGCCGCCCGUGUAUGAGCACAGGAAGGGAGUGCUGGUGGGCAAGCAGGUGUCCACGGAGCCCCUGACUGCCGCUGAAGCGCGCGCCGUCGCCGGUGCCGCGGAGGCGGACGUAUUGGGACUGGAGGGCCCCCAGCGCGUGGCACAGCAGCCGCAGCUGCCUCCGGAGCCCGCCUGGAAACGUGUGCGGCAGCGCGCGCUCAACCCCGCGCACAAUCCGGUCAUGGCGCGCAACAUUCGCGUCAAGGCGCAGCUGGCGCAGCAGGCGGCGCGAGUAGCGGCAAAGAAGGCCGCCACCACUAACACCAGCUACCGCAUGCUGCGAUACACAGCGGCACUGGACGAGGCGUCGCGCACUAUCGCCAAGCUGCGGGUGGUCAGCGGCGCCGAGGAGCUGCGCAUGGGGUCGGCGCCCAUCUCCAAGCCGUACCACCCGCGCCGGCGGAGAGACGGCGUGCCCGCCAACGAGACGGAGGGCGGCGACCUGCUGCCCGGCAAGAUGUCCAAGAAGGUGGCGGAGCAGAUAGCGGAGGACGAGGAGCGCGCGGCCGCGGCGGCGACGGCAGCGGCCGCAGUGCCGCCGGUGGAGCGGCGGCGGCAGGAUCAGAUACAGGCCCUGGCUGAUGUCAUCAUGGCGGCGCCCAAGCUGGGCAUCACGGAGCUGGGUGUGUAUCUGCCCCGCGAGGUGGCAGCCAAGGCGCAGGCGGCAGCCAACAAGGCGGCCGCACUGGCAUGCGCGCGCGCCGGUGGCGCCAAACGCGGCACGGCGGCCGGGGCCUCCGUGCCAGGUGGUGGUGCUACCGACGGCUGGGAAGGUGCCGGAGCUGGUGCCGAGGAUGGCGCCGAAGAGGCAGAUGAUGCCCUGCAGGCCGCGAUCCGGGACCUGAAUCGUGUCAUGGCGAAGGCGCGCGCUGUGGUGGCGGCCACGGGUGGCGAGUAUGGCGGCGAAUACCUGGGGCCGGAGCCGGAGGGCGGCUGGCCCGACCCAGAUGCCGACAGCUUCGAUUUCGACGGCAGCGGCACUGGCGGCGGUGUUGGCGGCGGUGGCGGUGAUGGCGGAGGCGUGCGGUCGCCGCUGGCUAGCUCUUAUGGCGGCGAGGGACACUACCUGGUGGAAGAGGGGCUGGCGGACGAGGAGGAGGUGUACGGCGUGGCGGCAGGUGGCGGCAGCCACGUCGGCCGCAGCUCGGAGCGCGGCGGCAUGGACCAGGCGAUGGCCAGCAGGGCGGGUUGCCUGGCAGCCAUAGGAGCACCGCUUCCACCGCACGUUUCUCACUACCCGGAGCAGGUGGUCCUGCAGGAGGACGCCAAGGAGGGCCUGGUGGUGGUGCGCUACCCGGCCGGUACCGCUGUGCAGCGGCGGCGGGCCACGGAGCGCAGCCCUGACCGUGGCAUGCAGGCCGCACGAGACAAGGCCGAGAAGGUACGGGCCGCGCGGGCUGCGUCAGCCUAUGCUGGGAUUGCUGACGUGGAGGCCUUGCGCCGCCCUGGCACCAACCUGCAGAACGAGACCACGGGCGGCAGGAAACACGGCCACCAAGCAUUUUCGCAGGCGCCUCCUGGUGCAGCUGCAGCUGCUGCCCCUGCAGCUGCAGCUGCGGCUGCGGCUGCGGCUGCGGCUGCGGCUGCGGCUGCGGCUGCGGCUGCGGCUGCGGCUGCCCCUGCCCCUGCGGCUGCGGCUUCACCCGCUGAAACACACCAGGCCCCAGGCGCAGCAACCGCCACCGCUGUCGGGCCGGCACCUUCGCCUGUUGGACAGACGGCUGCCAUUGCCCCGGCGCCUGCGCCACCAGUGCCACGGGGCUCUGCCGCGGCGCUGCUGAAGGUGCCAAACGAGAUACGCAGCACCGGGCACCGCCGGCGCGAGGACGUGCCAGGCUCAGGGCGGGAUGUUGGUGGUGGCCUCGCUCGCCCCGUCACUGCCGGCAGCAGCCCGCGCCGCGCACGCCGACAGCCCCCGGGAGUCGGGGGCUUUGCCGAGUCGGCUGACAUGCCGUACUGGAUGAGGCGCAGUCAUGCUGAGAUGACGGAGGAGGCGCUGGCAGCUGCCGAGGCGGCGGAGGCAGAGGCAGCUGCCGCAGCUGCAGCGGAGGAGGAGACGCUGUUGGGCGGCUGGCGGGAGGGAGAUGGCAGCGACGAGCUGGGCGCUGCUGUGGCGCCGCCUGCACCAGGCACGGCAGCAGCGGGUGCUGGGUCCGGGCAGCUACAGACGGUGCCGGCACCGCAGCCUCACGCAGCUGCUGCCAGCUCGACACGCGCCGCGGUGCGCGCCGCGCCUCCUCAUGUGGCAGCGGCCGCAGCCGGCCCUUCCACGGUGCUCGGGGCUGCCCGCGUGCCCGCGCCCGUGCCAGCUGCUGUGCCAGCUGCCGUGCCAGCUGUCUCCGCCACGGCACCAGCCGCGGCUGCACCUGCGGUUGCAGCGCCUCCUGCCGCGGAGCCCGGAGAGGAGGGCCGCCUGGACCGCUUCACCAUCCUGUCAGACGACGAGGACGGCGGUGCAGUCAAGGGCUACCAGCCACGUCGGCGGCGUGGCGCCCCUGACCCUGCCGCCACCGGUGGCAGCAACCCAGCUGCCCUGCUUGCGGGCGCGGCUGACAACUUGGGCUGGGCAGACAGCAGUAGCUCGGAUGAGGAGGACCCCUGGGGUGUUGAUGACGUGGACGAGUUUGGCUACCCUCUCGAGUUUGUGCGACAGCGAAAGGCCGCCGCCGGCACAGACGCGGAGGCGCCUGGCGUGGCGGAUAGCCCUGAGCGUGGCGGCGUGGCAGAGCGCGGCGAGGGAGAGGGAGCUGGCGACGAGACCAGCAGCAACGGCUCCUGGGGCGUAGACUACCAGCAUCUGGGCGGCGCGCAGCACCUGCAACAGGCCUCACUGGCUGCUCACUGCGCCCCUGCUGCCCUCACCCCGGAGACCCUGCAGCAACUGGCCGCUGCGAAGCUGGCGCAACACGCCGCGUCAUCUGCGUCAGGGGCAGAGGGCUCGGCGGCGCAGCUGCUUGCGGAAUUUGGGCUGGCCAAGGAGCGUGUGCCGCACCCCAAUGACAUCCCGCCGCUGGCCUUUGCCGCGCCUCCCGCCUGGCUGACUAAACCCAUCCCCGAUUUCUACGAAUACUACCGUGACUCGCCCAAGCCUAUGGCUACCGAUUCGGAUGCGGAUUCGGUGGUUGUGGUGGCUGCGUCGGGAGCGGGUUGGAACAGCGGCGCGGCAGGGGCUCCGGGGCAGCUGAAGCAGAAGUCGGUGGGGCGGGUGCAGGACGCGCUGCAGCAGGCGAAGCGGCAACAGGCGGCCCGCGUGGUGGAUCACGAUGCUUACACAUUCCACUUUACAGCGCCUCCGGAUGGUGUGUAGCCUGCUCGAGAUGUAAUGUAUGACUUUGGAGAACGGAACACUGAGUACUAAUGAGCGUUUGAAAUGCUGGCGGUACUUUGGUGUGCUGCUGUCUGGGGCUCUCGUAGUACUUUCCUGUGCGCCGGGUCAUCCUUGUAGGCUUUGCAUCCGACGAGCUACGACGAGUACGUGGCCGCGUACACGGACUGUGCCGGUGUACCGUACUAAAGUAGCGCCCAAGCACGGGUGUACAUUCAAGAGCCGGGGAGUGACCUUGAGGGAAUGAUGUUCAUGGCUCCAAAGCAUGGUGUGUAUCCACUACGCAGCGGGCAGCAUCGGGGCGCAGGGCAACUUCAAAAGGCUCAGGAUCAGGGUGAAUGGUCAACGUCGUGGGCAGGACUGCACCCCUGGGGCAGGGAGGGGUCCCGUCGAACUGGCCU